AACCUGCUCCUUACAUCGUCGUCAUCAACCACCAUCCACCACUUUCAUCAACAACCACAUAUUUCAUCAAAAUAUCCAUCUCUAAAUAACUCUCACGACAUUCAAGAUGGCCAGAACCAAGCAAACUGCCCGUAAAUCUACCGGAGGCAAGGUCCCGCGCAAGCAGCUCGCCUCCAAGGCAGCUCGCAAAGCCGCCCCAUCCACUGGUGGUGUCAAGAAGCCCCAUCGCUAUAAGCCUGGUACCGUCGCUCUCCGUGAGAUUCGUCGUUACCAGAAGUCUACUGAGCUCCUCAUCCGCAAGCUCCCAUUCCAGCGCCUUGUCCGUGAAAUCGCCCAAGACUUCAAGUCGGAUCUGCGCUUCCAGUCCUCCGCCAUUGGUGCCCUUCAAGAGUCCGUCGAGGCUUACCUCGUCUCCCUCUUCGAAGAUACCAACCUGUGCGCCAUCCACGCCAAGCGUGUUACCAUCCAGUCGAAAGACAUCCAACUCGCCCGUCGUCUGCGUGGUGAACGGUCGUCUUGAAUAGUUUUUGUCUUUCUGUUUUUUUUUUUUGUUUCAUGACGAAUGGGUUUUU